AUGGUUAAUGAUAUCGGAUUAUAAAUAAUGGUAACAGAAAGACUCAUCAGUCAAACUUAUAAGGCUCGAUUUGUAAAUAGGUCAAAAUUAAUGACGAGGUGUACACCCAGCUACAGCUGGCUCUCGAGAGUCUGAUGGGAACACAAACGUGGAAAGAUCACGGCCGUAAGAAUAGGCGUAGGAGCAAUAUCUAGACCGUCAAUCUCCCGACGUCCUCGGAAAGCCGCGUCCGCCCUCGCUGGACGUCGACUUAUGAGGGUCCCACGUUCCGCAGGCUCCACGUAUGCCCGCUUCUCUCUUGCUUGCCUCCGCCGUUUCACUUCGGCGCGGGAAUUAGGGCUGAGACCGGGAUUGAUGGUUCUUCCCCAUGGAUAUCCGGUCGAGAGGGAGAGAUCCCGACCGAGCAGCCGCGUUUGAGGGGCUUGCUUUCUACGGCGAGUAAGACGAAGACGACAAUGGAUCAGUAUCGCGGAUAAGUGUCUCGAAAAGAUUGCGUCUUUCACGAGCCACAGACCGCCGCCCGUCGCCAUGGAAGCGUGGCGUUGGAGUCAUCCCCUCUUCGGUUCUAAUAGACAGUGGAAGAGAGGGUGGUCUUGGCAUGGAUCAAAAGGUGGUUUUCCGAGAGACGGAAGGAACCCUUUUCCACUGCAGGUUCGAAGAGCCAGAUGGAUGGCAAAGAAUGCAAAGGUUUAAAGAAGGAGGGUUCCCCAUGUCCUGAGAGCUUUCCAUCUCUUUUUAGGUACAUUGCAACCAGAUCAUUUGCUGAUUUUGAUAUCACUCACAGUCCUGGAGGAGAUCUUGCAUUUACUAAAGUGCGAGAAGCUAUCAGUGACAACAUUCAGGCCAAAAAGCUCAGCAUUUCCUCACCAACUUCACCGAUUCAGAUGAUUGAGCACUAUCAUGUGCAUUCUAUUUCCAUCAGCAUGCCUGCAUCACCUUCUGCAUUUGAUAGAGAACGUUCCACAGGAAUUCUUCACAGUGAAAAAGGUGGAUCAUAUACUACUAAGGGGAAGAUAAACCAUCCCAUUAGUGCUACUGCUGGCCUGCAGCAACAAAACCAGUCAAAGUUUCACUCUCAGCCUAUACCGAUUGGAAAUUCCCACACAAACACAUCUCCAGAAAUAAAGAUUCUAGAUUCUCUGGGGUGCCAACAGCAAAUAUCACAGAACAGUAGAAUUAAGGACAAACACUAUGAAUCUUUUAAGACAUGGUCUGGCAAACUUGAAAGGCAGAUAUCUAACCUACGAGGGAAACCACAGGAACCAGAGGAGGUAACUGAUGCAAAGAAUGCUAAACCAGAGGCUGUACCAGCGGUCGGCCGCUACUUUGAUGCCUUAGAAGGGCCUGAACUGGACAAGCUUAAGGCAUCAGAGGAGCUUAUUCUUCCCAAAGACAAAAAGUGGCCUUUUCUUCUUCGUUUCCAAGUGUCCUCCUUUGGUAUGUGCCUUGGCAUCAGCAGCCAAGCUAUCCUGUGGAAGACAUUGGCUACAUCACCAUCCAUGACUUUUCUACAUGUAAGCCCGACCAUCAAUCUCACUCUAUGGUGUAUCUCACUUGCACUAAUGGGCCUUGUGUCUGCCAUCUAUAUGCUGAAGAUCAUAUUCUACUUUGAAGCGGUACGCCGAGAGUAUUACCAUCCUGUACGAGUUAAUUUCUUCUUCGCUCCAUGGAUAACCUGUCUCUUCUUAGCAAUUGGUGCGCCUCCCUCAGUUGCCGUCAAGCUGCAUGCUGAGCUUUGGUAUGUGCUAAUGGCUCCAAUAUUCUGCCUUGAACUAAAAAUCUAUGGCCAAUGGAUGUCUGGAGGGCAACGCAGGCUAUCAAGAGUGGCAAAUCCUUCAAACCACCUAUCAAUUGUCGGUAAUUUUGUUGGGGCUCUGCUGGGUGCAUCUUUGGGUCUUAAAGAAGGCCCCAUCUUCUUCUUUGCCGUUGGGCUAGCGCACUACACUGUACUCUUUGUGACCUUAUACCAGAGGCUUCCAACAAACGAAACACUACCAAAGGAGCUUCAUCCAGUUUUCUUUUUAUUCGUAGCAGCACCUAGUGUUGCCUGCAUGGCAUGGGCCAAGAUUACUGGCAACUUUGGUUACUGCUCGAAGAUUGCCUACUUCACUGCGCUAUUCCUUUAUGCAUCUCUUGCUGUACGGAUUAAUUUCUUCCGAGGCUUCAGGUUCUCGCUAGCUUGGUGGGCUUAUACCUUCCCGAUGACAGGAGCGUCCGUAGCAACCAUUAGAUACUCAGCUGAAGUCGAGAACACAUUUACUCGGACACUAUCGAUUGUGCUCACUGCCAUCUCUACCCUAACAGUAGCGGUUAUGCUUGUUUCAACGAUCAUUCAUGCCUUCGUCCUGCAUGAUCUUUUCCCUAAUGACAUCUCCAUUGCCAUCACCGAAAGAAGAGUGAAAGGGUGCAAGGGACGCAUGCAUACAGUAACAUCGAGCUCAGAUACCGUGGACUCAGAAGCUUGUGCAGCAUCAAAAGUGGAAGGCCACUUGCAUCUGCCUGCUUCAUCCGGUUUCAAGAUAUCUUCCACCACGUUCUUAUACUGAAACCGAUGACGGCAUCAACAUGAUUAUUUACUUAAUGGUGUUUCUUUGGUGAUGAAUGAGAUGUAGUGUGGAACAGAUCUAGUUGUAUAGUAACAUUAUCCGAACAAUAUAGGAAAAAUGACAUAGCAGGCAUACAAGUAUAUACUUUUAACUGUAGAAAACAUUUACUCAUUGCAACACAUAUUUCAUGUUCCCAUCUGGGCCAAA